GAAACCACACUUGUUUGUGCCAUAAAAUGGACGUGACAUUUGCCUUGGGCGUCUUGUGUUUGUGGGUGAGGUAGCCAGCUGCCAGCCAUGGAUCACUUGCCACUGGCCGCCGCGGCGGCGGCGGCGUCGGCGCCGUCGCCGGCUGCAGGGGCGCAGCACGGGAGGGUGCUUGACGCAUACAAGAAGGCGCUGGCGACGGCGGCGUCGGUGGCGGCGUACGCCGUGCUGGCGCGGUCUAUGGCGCGGGAGCUGCUCCCCGACGAGCUCCGCGCCGCGGCGCGGUGGGGCGCGGCGUUCGUUCGUGCGCGGCUCGGCGCGUCGGAGAAGGAGCGGCACACGGUGGUGAUCCGGCGGCAGCUCGACGGCGGGUACAGCGAGAACCAGCUGUUCGAGGCGGCGCGCGCGUACCUCGCCACCAAGAUCGACCCGCGCGCCCUGCGGCGGCUCAGCCUCGCGCGCUCACGCUGCAAGGAGGCCGACGGGAGCAGCAGCUGGACCACACUGCUGUGCUUGGAGCCCGGGGACUCCACCACCGAUGUGUUCGACGGCGUCGAGUUCAGGUGGACGUCCAUGGAGACCGGAGGCGGCGACGACGGCAAGAGGGGCGGCAAGGGUGGUGGUGACCGCGGUCACCGCGCCCCGCGCGAGUCCCUCGAGCUCAGCUUCGACGCCGAGCACACCGACACGGCGCUCGAGCGCUACGUCCCCUUCGUCAUGGCCACGGCGGAGCAGCUCCAGCGGCGGGAGCGCGUGCUCAGGAUCUUCAUGAACGAGGUGCGCUCGUGGCACGGCUUCAACCACCACCACCCGGCGACGUUCGACACGAUCGCCAUGGAACCCGACCUCAAGAAGUCCAUCGUCGACGACCUCGACCGCUUCCUGAAGCGGAAGGAGUACUACCGCCGCAUCGGCAAGGCGUGGAAACGCGGGUACCUCCUCCACGGCCCGCCCGGCACCGGCAAGUCCAGCCUCGUCGCCGCCAUGGCCAACUACCUCCGCUUCAACCUCUACGACCUCGACCUCUCCGAGGUGCGCGUCAACGCCGCGCUGCAGCGCCUGCUCAUCAGCAUGCCCAACAAAUCCAUCCUCGUCAUCGAGGACAUCGACUGCUGCUUCGACGCCAACCCAAGAGAAGCCCACAAGAUCACCACGGCGGCGCUCGACCAGGCCGAGGACUUCGACUUCUCCUCGUCGGACUCCGACGACGCCGUCGGCGCGCCGCCCAGAGCGCGCCGCGCGGGAGAUCUCCAGCAGCAGAAGCUGACGCUGUCCGGGCUGCUCAACUUCAUCGACGGGCUGUGGUCCACGAGCGGCGAGGAGCGCGUCAUCGUCUUCACCACAAACUACAAGGAGCGCCUCGAUCCGGCGCUGCUCCGGCCGGGGCGGAUGGACAUGCACGUCUACAUGGGCUACUGCGGCUGGGAGGCGUUCAAGACGCUCGCGCACAACUACUUCCUCGUCGGCGACCACCCGCUGUUCCCGGAGAUACGGCAGCUGCUCGCCGGCGUGGAGGUGACGCCGGCCGAGGUGUCGGAGAUGCUGCUGCGCAGCGAGGACGCCGACGCCGCGCUCCGGGGCCUCGUGGAGUUCCUCCGUGAGAGGACGCGGCGGAGGGCAAGACAAGAGGCAGCGAUCGACGACAACCAAGUGGUAGCAGAAAAAGGCAAUGCAGCUUAACAAAUCUUCAGAGAAUUUACUUCACAAUAACGAGAUGAGAUGAUUGGGUUGCAUGAUCACGACAGUAGCAAACUUGGUACUAGUAGUACUUACUGAAUUAAUAAUCAUUUGUCAUGCUCACUAUAAUUUCUGUUGCAAAUCUGCAAGCAAUGGCAUAGCUAGGCAAGGCAACAGAGAACAGAAGAGAGUGCAGAGCGUCUGGUCAUGGAUUAA